CAAGAAACUGGCCUGCAGCAGCAACCCUUAACAAUAUCAAAACAUGCCAGCUGGAUCGUCAUUGGCAGAUAUUGCCCAAAAGUCAGUUGUAUUGCUGUUGGCUGGUUCAACCGUUUACUAUGUCGUCAACAUUGGCGUUAUGGUGAAUCGUCGCAUGGAAUUGAAGAAGCAAGGAAGGCUGGACGAAGAGCUGGCAAAGCUAGCUCGCCAGCGUUUUGGUGAAUCUGCCAACGUCGAUGCUUCGGGACUGCACUCUGAGACCCUCACAACACCGACACCAUUACCUAUGUCUGAACAACCAGGGGCAAGCGUUGACAAGGAUUAGGCAAAAAAUACACACACCUCUCAAAGAAAACACAACAAAAGAUUGAUAUCCUUAACAAAAACCAUACAUGGGUUUCCAAAACAAAGUAUAAUGUCCAGUCCAAUGUACAAAUAACAACAUCUCCAUUGUGAAUAUAAUACAAUCAUCUCUUUCAAACUUCUUUGACCUUUUGAAUGAA